AACACCCCAAGUUUAUGGUCUCUGUUUGAUAACCUCUCUUUAAUCCCCUCUCUCCAAUCUCAUCUCCCUGCUCUCUGCCCAGAACAGCGGAAGAGACAUGCAGCUCCUCUCUUUGAUGCCCAGUAGUAACACCAACAUCUGUUCCUUCUCAACACAGAGUAAAUAUGUGAGUUCUAGGAGGCAAAACCAGGUAGCCCAAAUACCAAAAGAACAGCAGCUGAACUUCUUGAAAACCGUGGCUCCACCCCUUAUGGCUGCCAUUCUUGCCUUUUCUCCAUUACUCCAUCCUCCGGUUUCACUUGGGCAAACGAUAGACAUACAAAAAGGAGCUAACUUGUUUCGUCAAGCUUGCAUUGGUUGCCAUGAUGCAGGUGGAAACAUAAUACAACCGGGUGAAACACUCUUCUUGAAAGAUCUGCAGAGAAACGGCAUUGACACGGAAGAGGAAAUAUAUCGUGUAACAUACUCUGGCAAGGGAAGAAUGCCCGGAUUUGGUCAGAAUUGUACACCAAGGGGCCAAUGCACAUUCGGUCCCAGAUUACAAGAAGAGGACAUUAAACUUUUAGCUGCAUUUGUGAAGCUUCAAGCAGAUCAAGGCUGGCCUAAUGUUGAAACCACUGGAGAUUAGCCCUUCAAAAUGGCAUGCUGGCUGGACUUGUGAGCUUUUAUCUGGAAAAGGAAGAGCGACGGAGGAUUAUCUCUAGUCUUCUAUAUGUUUUAAGAUUCUUAGGUAGAAAUAUGCUAACAAGAAGUUAUGUUUAGCAUACAAAUCAUGAUGUUAAUGAGGCCGUUUGAAUUGGUAGAUGAUGGAGAUUAAUGUGGUGCUCUGAGAACGGAAAUAAGAAGUUUUCAAGAAGCAAUGGUGAUCCUUUGUCCAUUAAAAAGGUGGUUUCUCUGACAUAGCCAUACUACGUAUUGAAGGGCUUGGACCAAAGGUUGGCUCCCCCUUCCCUGUAGAAUAUGAUAGACUGGGUUGUAGGAAUGUUAUCGUUGCGGAAAUAAAAAACUGUAGAAAAGAUUACCUAUUGGCCCAAAAGUUCCAUGUUAGAAACAUUACAAGAUGUUAACUGUUAAACCUAUUACGAAGAUUCUGUGGCAUUAAUAUGUGAAGCAACAAUUUAUGUGUCCUAAACCGUGACCCACAAAAAA